GUACUAGCCGCGGCCCGGAGGGAGGGCGCGUCCCGGCGCGACCCAGCGCAGCCCCGUCUUGGGUCUCCCGCAGCUCCGUUCCGCGCCGCGCCGGACGCUCCGCUCUGCAACGCCGGCUGCUGAGCCUCGGGUGACCCGGAGCUCACCAUCGUGGGAGCGGGUGACCUCCCGACCCGAGACGCGUCGCUUGCCGCUGGCUGUCUACGUGGGUUUUUAGCGGAGGCGCCACCUGCGCGGCGGCCGCCGCCGCCGCAGGGAAGGAGGAGACUCACAGCCCGUCUGCGUUCGUGAGCCGCCCGAGGGAGCGCUGCCCGGGGGGGCACCGGGUGGAGGACCGCAGUGGGACCCGGCGCCCCCGCCGCGCAGACUCGCAGGCCUGGGGCCGAGCCGCCCCGCGAUGUGGUCCUGAGAGCGGGGGCCGCACCCGUCGCGCCCUGGCCUUGGAUCCCGAGCGCCCCGCGCGCCGGCCUGCUGCGCUGCCUCGCCUCCCCCGGCGGGAUUCAAGUUGGAAGUGGCGCGGAGGAUAGAGCUCUCCCGGAACAGAGCCUCGGCCGCCGCCAGAGCGAUGUUCCCGCAGAGCCGGCAUCCAACGCCGCACCAGGCUGCAGGCCAGCCCUUUAAGUUCACUAUCCCGGAAUCCCUGGACCGGAUUAAAGAGGAAUUCCAGUUCCUGCAGGCGCAGUAUCACAGUCUUAAAUUGGAGUGUGAGAAAUUGGCAAGUGAAAAGACAGAAAUGCAGAGGCACUACGUGAUGUAUUAUGAAAUGUCAUAUGGAUUAAACAUUGAAAUGCACAAACAGACUGAAAUCGCCAAGAGAUUGAAUACCAUUUGUGCACAAGUCAUCCCAUUUCUGUCUCAGGAACAUCAACAACAGGUGGCCCAGGCUGUGGAACGUGCCAAACAGGUGACCAUGGCAGAGUUGAAUGCCAUCAUCGGGGUACGUGGCCUACCAGGUCUACCUCCUACACAGCAGCAGUUGCAAGCUCAACAUCUCUCUCAUGGCCAUGGACCCCCCGUACCUCUCACGCCUCACCCUUCAGGACUUCAGCCUCCUGGCAUCCCGCCCCUUGGGGGCAGUGCCAGCCUUCUAGCGCUGUCUAGUGCUCUGAGUGGGCAGUCUCACUUGGCAAUAAAAGAUGACAAGAAGCACCAUGAUGCAGAACGCCACAGAGACAGAGAGCCGGGCACGAGUAAUUCCCUCUUGGUCCCAGACAGCCUAAGAGGCACAGAUAAACGCAGAAAUGGUCCAGAGUUUUCCAGUGACAUCAAAAAAAGGAAGGUGGAUGAUAAGGAUAACUAUGACAGUGAUGGGGACAAGAGUGAUGACAACUUAGUUGUGGAUGUGUCUAAUGAGGACCCUUCUUCUCCUCAUGCAAGUCCCACACAUUCACCCCGGGAAAACGGAAUUGACAAAAACCGCCUGCUGAAAAAAGAUGCUUCAGGCAGCCCGGCAUCCACAGCCUCCUCUGGAAGCUCCUCUUCCCUGAAAUCCAAAGAAGUGAGCCUGCAUGAAAAAGCCAACACGCCUAUUCUGAAAUCCAGCACACCAACGCCUCGGAGCGACAUGCCAACCCCGGGCACCAGUGCUACUCCAGGCCUCCGUCCAGGUCUCGGCAAGCCUCCAGCCAUGGAGCCCCUUGUCAACCAAGCAGGAUUUGGUUUUCAUUUGGAAUUGGUACCAGGGAGUGGAAAGUUCGGACUGAAGGAGAAAUCUUGGAUUUUAUCCAGAAAAUCUUCUUUUGAGAUUAAGUCAGCAGCUGGCCUGAGGACGCCCCUGGCAGUGCCUGGCCCAUAUCCUGCCCCCUUUGGCAUGGUACCCCAUGCUGGCAUGAAUGGAGAGCUGACCAGCCCUGGUGCUGCCUAUGCAGGUCUACACAGCAUGUCUCCACAGAUGAGUGCUGCAGCUGCUGCAGCUGCUGCAGCAGUGGUUGCCUAUGGGCGUUCCCCAAUGGUUGGUUUUGAUCCUCCUCCCCACAUGAGAGUACCUUCUAUCCCCCCCAACCUGGCAGGAAUACCUGGGGGGAAACCAGCGUACUCCUUCCACGUUACUGCCGAUGGCCAGAUGCAGCCUGUCCCCUUUCCCCCUGAUGCCCUCAUUGGACCUGGGAUCCCCCGACAUGCUCGGCAAAUCAACACCCUCAACCAUGGGGAGGUGGUGUGUGCAGUGACCAUCAGCAACCCCACAAGGCACGUGUACACAGGUGGCAAGGGCUGCGUUAAGGUCUGGGACAUCAGCCACCCUGGCAACAAGAGCCCCGUCUCUCAGCUGGAUUGUCUGAAUAGAGAUAACUACAUCCGUUCGUGUAAAUUGCUACCUGAUGGCUGUACUCUCAUAGUGGGAGGGGAAGCGAGUACUCUAUCCAUCUGGGACUUGGCAGCUCCAACCCCCCGAAUAAAGGCAGAGCUGACAUCCUCAGCCCCUGCCUGCUAUGCUCUGGCCAUCAGCCCUGACUCCAAAGUCUGCUUCUCAUGCUGCAGUGAUGGCAAUAUCGCAGUGUGGGACCUGCACAACCAGACCCUGGUCAGGCAAUUCCAGGGCCACACAGACGGAGCCAGCUGUAUUGACAUUUCUAAUGAUGGCACCAAGCUCUGGACAGGCGGUUUGGACAACACUGUGAGGUCCUGGGACCUGAGAGAAGGGAGGCAGCUGCAGCAGCAUGACUUUACAUCCCAGAUCUUCUCCUUGGGAUACUGCCCCACCGGGGAGUGGCUUGCUGUGGGCAUGGAGAGCAGCAACGUGGAGGUCCUGCACGUGAGCAAGCCUGACAAGUACCAGCUGCACCUCCACGAGAGCUGUGUGCUGUCCCUCAAAUUCGCUUACUGUGGCAAGUGGUUUGUGAGUACUGGAAAAGACAACCUCCUCAAUGCCUGGCGGACACCCUACGGAGCCAGCAUAUUCCAGUCCAAAGAAUCCUCAUCAGUGCUUAGCUGUGACAUCUCUGUGGAUGAUAAAUACAUAGUCACUGGCUCAGGGGACAAAAAGGCUACCGUUUAUGAGGUCAUCUACUGAAAACAUUAUGGCUUCAUAUUUGCAGUUGAAUUGGGCCAAAUGUUUGGAAUUUGUAGAAAUAGAAAAGUUACAAUUAAAAAAACAAACAAAAAAAAUCUGAAGAAACCUGUUUCCAAACGUUGACACAGAACUGUUUUGAGUCUACAAAGAGAAGACAACAAGUCUGCAUUAGACAGUCACCUGUCUACCUUUGGACACCACAGCCACACAGAGGCCACAGGUGUGGAAUAGAGGAGCAAGCUACUGCCUGUCAGUCACAUCUUGCCCAACUGUGAGCUUACUUUUCUGUUCCUUGCAGUUCAUUUCACAUUGAGUCCUCUGUAGGACAGUGGUGUCUCCAAUGAACUUGGUUCUUGGUUUUGCAUCUUGUGGGGUUUUUUUUUUCCUUUUUGUAUUUUUGUUGGUUCAACAUUUGUAUAAAUUGUAAAUAUAUUUGGUUUAUUACAGUAAAGCCUUUAGUACCAGUAA